UCGUUAUUGUGGAUGACCCAUAAUGGAUGCAAUCAAGCCCCAAAAAGAUUCUUCUGGAUCGCGAUGGGUCAUCUUCAAAGUCCGCAAAAGGCGCGAAGACGCAAAAGCCAAAAGCCGAUGGCGAGUAUAGAAAGCCUCCACGUCGCCGUAUGUGAGACGAUGGUUCCAGGCGAUAUACUUCAUCUUUAUUGAAAUUUUCUCUUGAACUAGCUACGCGCUUGGUCUGGCUAUAUUUAUUUGUAUCCAUUGAAGCUAUACUAUUGAAAGUUUUCCAAACUUGUGAAAGCCAGAUACUCAUCCCAUGUCCAGCUCAAAACCUGCACCGAUCGCCAUUGUCGGAGGCGGUCCUUGUGGACUGAUGUUUGCGCGCCUCCUUGAAUGCGCGGGUAUCGACUACGUUGUAUUUGAGCGUGAUGCCUCCUCAAUACCCGAGCCGGGCUUCCAGGGCGGCACCCUGGACAUCCAUGGUCAAACGGGCCAGGAAGCCUUGCGGCGCGCGGGUCUACACGGCGAAUUCGAAAAACUUGCUCGACGUGAUGCGACGAGUAUGCUCGUCCAAAACUACAAGGGUGAUUAUUGCAUGAAAUUUGGCGAAAAGCGCGAUGCCCCCGAAAUCGAUCGUCUCCAGCUGCGGCAGAUACUUCUAGACUCCCUGCCAUCGCAUCGGGUUCGCUGGGGCAAGGCGCUAGCUUCCAUUGAGCGCGACACGCACCAAGGACAACUGAGCGCCAAAGACAUCAUCUUGCACUUUACCGAUGGCUCGACAGCGACUGCAUUCCGGCUCGUUGUAGGUGCUGAUGGCGCUUGGAGCAAAGUGCGACAAUUGAUCACGCCUGCGAACCCUGAAUACGCAGGAGUCAUGUUUAUCGAGGGCCGAUUAUCUCUCGACAAUCCACAGUACCAUGCGGCACGCGAGAUGGUCGGUGCAGGAAACUCCAUUGCAAUGAGCACCGACGCCAUUCUUUGCGUGCAGCAAAUGUCCGAUCGUUCGUACCGUGUUUACAUGGGCAUCAAGGGUCCACAAGACCUUACCCGACCCGGUGGUGAGCUCGAUGUAGCAAACAUUGACAAGACUCGUGCCGCGCUCCUUGCAGCUACUGGCUUCUAUGACGGAUGGGCAGAGCACCUCCGUGACUUUAUUGCCCAUGCCGAGGGCCCCUGGCGUGUUUGGCCUUGGUGCAGACUCAAGCCGGAAUUGCUUAUUCCAAGGGCUCAUGAUGCUUCUGCCGACGGUACCCAGAACCAGGAUGUCUGGAAGCGCUCUGCGGGUGUUGCGAUCAUGGGAGAUGCUGCACAUGCUGCCUCACCUAAUGGUGAGGGUGUCAACCAAGCCAUGUAUGAUGCAUUGCGGUUGUUCGAGAGCAUAUCUGCUGAGAUAGGCGAUGAACAGGAGGGGAAUUUCGACGAAUUGGCCGAUGCUGAAGCGCUGGAGCGAGCGAUCACUACCUAUGAGGCUGAAAUGCUCGCUCGCGGCCGUGAUCACAUUGAGGAUGGCAUGAAUGUGGAGAACAUGUUCUUCGGCGAGAACGCAGCCGAAGCUCUUAUUGAAAGUUUCAAGCUGAUGAAGCCGGAAAGUAUUAGGCCGUCAAUGGAGCCUUGAUCUGUUUCUGUCCAAAUUAUUUCAUCAGGCACUCGGUUUCAUCAGGCACCCGGUUUCAUCAGGCACCCGGUCGCAAAUCUUCUAUUUGUGAAGAUCCAAUCAUGUAAAUAGAUCUAGAACAGUGCGAUUGCAAUAUGGGAAAAUUAAGGCACAG